AUGGGCGUCUGGUAUAAUAGUGACCAUCGCGAUUGGGGAUCGAGACCGUUAUCACUGCGCAAGCCAUCAUUUACCAGCAGCAGCAGCGGUAGCAUCAACGCUUGUCCACCCCCACCACCUACACCGCACAGCGCCGGCAGUCAUUGCACCAGCAACACAAACACAAACAAUUACAACAGCAACAACAACAACACAAACUGCACAAGCACAACAGCAAAUAGCCAAGUAACUGGUACAACAGCAAUAACAUACAACAAUCGUUAUAAUUUAAAUUCAUCAACAACAACAACAUCAACAAGGCAUUCGAUCAGCGGUCGAAGUAACAGUUCACCGUGCAAUCCAUUGCAGGUGAAAUAUUUCGAAUUCCCACCAAAUCUUACACUACUAGCAACCGGAUCGACACCAUCACUGGCGACAACAACAGCUGUAGCGUUAGCCGCAUCCACCACAAGCACCCCCGCACUCACAUCCGCCACCAAUUCACCCAAAAAUUUCUAUCAACCCCAACAUCACUCACACUAUUACCAACCACAUUUGCAUCAGCAUUACCAACAUCAUCAACAACAACAACAACACGCCACAUCCACCUCCAAAGGCAGUCCACAUCAGCAACUAAACCAACCGACGCGCCAACAUCACCACCACCACCACCACCAACACUUUUCAGCGACCAAGCAAACACGUACAGAAUUUGAGUCGGAAUUCAGCAGCGAAGCGGAGGAGCAACAACUAAGUCCGCCGUUAACUCAACGCCGCCAGUAA